CACACGGUUUGUCCCUCCGGCUCGCCGUAGUCCGCACGGCGGGAUUAGCUUGAAGCUGUUGAACCGAAAGUGUCACAACAGAGAAGCAUGAACUUUAGAGUUGUUGUCUGGAAUCACAGCUCGUGUUGAUUCACCGCCACAAACAGGACGCACCACAAGGGUCCUUUCCCCGCGGAGAAGAUGUGCUCGCUGUCGCUGUUCCCCCCUCCACUGGCUCUCGGACAGAGCACCCUGUGCGAGUCCAACAACGAGCUGCUGUCCGGGUCCAACACCGAGGACCGAGCCAAGCAGGACACCAGUCCACUGAGUCUCUACUUCCCCCGGGAGUCUCUGAAGCUCCACAGCCGAACAGAGAGCAGCAGCAAGGCGGCGUUUCUGGACCAUUCCGAGACCCUGUGGAUGAGGAGUGCUGCAGCAUGGCGAGAUGGUGGUUUGUCAGGACUACUGACUGAAAUUACCAAUUCAAAUACAGAGGUGCCAAAAUGGCUUUCAGUGAGUUCUGGUUGCACCCUGGCAUUGCUCCAGAGGGUCUCUUCGUUUCACGGCUCCUUGUUUCCUCAUCUUACAUUGAGCAGUGAAAACAUGAUUGCUGAGUUUUCACAAGUACUGAACUGGUCUGACUGUGUGGUGCGAGCCUUUGCGUGGCAUCCCCACACAGAUAAGUUUGCCGUCGCCCUCCUGGACGACUCCAUUAAAAUCUACAACCCUAAAAGCGCCACCACUCCCACACUAAAGCACCGUCUCCAGAGGAGCGUGGCAGCAGUGCAGUGGAAGCCGUUGUGUGCGUCUGCUUUGGCUGUCGCUUGUCAGAACUGUUUACUGGUCUGGCACGUGGACCCCUGCUCACUGUCAACCAGGCCUUCAUCUGGUUGUGCUCAAGUUCUGUCUCAUCCUGGUCACUCCCCAGUCACUUCCAUCGCCUGGUCUCCAAACGGAUCUCUUCUGGUGUCAGCCUCACCCAUGGACACUGCAAUAAUGGUUUGGGACGUCGCUGCAGAAAGCUGUGUGCCACUCCAGCGGGUCGGAGGAGGCGGGGUCACCUUCCUGUCCUGGUCCCCUGACGGCAGCCAUGUCCUGGCUUCCACACCUUCUGCCCUGUUCAGGGUUUGGGAGACCAGGAUGUGGACCUGUGAGCGUUGGCCAUGUGUGAAAGGACGCUGCCAGUCUGGCUGCUGGAGUCCAGAUGGGAGCCGGCUUCUCUUCACUGUGCAGGGCGAGAUGGUCAUCUACGCUCUGACCUUCACUGACGCACCAGGCAUCUCUUCAGGCACCUCCAAAGGAUCACAGGCAGCAGCUGUGGUGGCUGACCUAUCGGAGACAACCUUUAACACACCAGAUGGAGACAUCAUUCUCGGUGGAGAGAUCCAGUCCAUAGCCUGGGAUCCGAGAGGAGAGAGACUCGCAGUUAUUCUUCAAGGAGAUCCACAGUCAGCAGACCGACCUGCGAUCAUAGCAGUGUUCAAGACAAGAACCAACCCCAUCUUUGAGCUUCUGCCAUGUGGUUUUGUUCAAGGGGAAGCUGAUGCAGAGCCCAGACUGAUGCAGUUCCAUCCAAACUUCCAGCAUGGAGCCCUGCUCACUGUGUGUUGGUCCAAUGGAAGAAUUACCCAUGUGCCUUUCUACUUCCUGAGUACUGCUGUCCCCCAUUUUGGCCUGAGUGGCAGUCCGUUGUUGCCUCGCCUGCAGGAAAGGCAGAGUGCCUUGGCCAAUCAGUCGCUCUUCUCAGAGUUCAUCUCUUGACCAGCCAUCAAACACACACGUCAUUUUUUAUGUAAUGAAUUGUCAAUAAAAGUCUAGAAUGUUCUUGA